AACGCUAACCUAUCAUUUAAAGAGCGAUACCCCAUGAUUCUACCCAAAAAUAGUCACUUAACAUUAUUACUAAUUAAACAGUCAACCCUCAACCACAUUCGACGACGAUUCUGGGUGAUAAACGGCCGUACAGCAGUGAAAGCUGUCAUCAGGAAAUGUCUGCCAUGUUUUCGACAAACUUGUCAACCAAGCACACAACUUAUGGGUCAACUACCAAGUCCUCGGUGCAACGUCUCAUUGCCAUUCGUCCAUACCGGAAUAGAUUACGCAGGUCCGUUCCAAGUGCGCACGACAAAGGGCAGAGGACAUCGUGCCUAUAAGGGGUACACAGUUGUAUUUAUUUGCCUCGCUACGAAAGCUUGCCAUCUAGAGCUUGUGAGCGAUAUGACUGCCGAGGCGUUUAUAGCUGCUCUAAAUCGUUUUAUUGCUACUCGAGGCCUUUGCACAGAUGUCUACAGCGAUAAUGGUACCACAUUUGUAGGCGCAAACGCACUUUUGGCCGGCGAACGAGAAGCUUUGAAAGCUCAGCUUCAAGCAGCUGCAUCGUACACUUCUCGUCGUGAAAUAAACUGGCAUUUCAUACCACCUGCCGCCCCUAACUUUGGGGGGAUCUGGGAGGCUGCGGUGAAAAGCAUGAAGGUGCACCUAAAACGAGUAGUUGGACAGGCUACUUUAACUUUUGAGGAGCUGUACACCGUACUAAAACAAAUUGAAGCCUGCCUCAAUUCACGGCCACUAACCGCGCUCAGUGACGAUCCCGACGAUCUCACGGCGUUAACUCCGGGGCACUCCUUGGUCGGCAGAGCUCUUACAACCACCCCGGAAGGAUAUUCGUUUAACGCUAAUAUGACACAUCUGACUAGGUGGAAACAGCUUACGCAGAUGUAUCAUGACUUCUGGGUACGAUGGUCGAACGAAUAUCUUCAAGGACUCCAAGCCAGAACCAAGUGGCGCCAACAAAACCCAAACAUCGAAAUUGGGCAGCUUUACCUUAUUCGAGACGAACGUUCACCCCCAACGCAGUGGCCGUUGGGGCGAAUAUUGGACAUCCAUGAAGGAUCAGAUGGCAUCGUAGGAGUGGUGACCGUCAAAACUAAAUCUUCAACGCUCAAACGACCCGUCAACAAACUUCCUAUCUUACCAAUCGAUAAACCACUCGCAGACGGUGGGCGGCCUGAGGCAUCAUAACUUCGUCCCCACUUAGGACGAGGUGGGCGGAAUGUUCAAGAA